CAACAAAGAAAACGUCAGUAAAACCUCUUGAAGAGGAUGUUAUUUUUGGGGUCAAUAAAGCCCAAGUAUCUCCUCCAAUUAUUACAUAGAGAGAACAUGGUGGUGAGACUCACAGGCCAAGAGCUUCUUCUUCCAUUUCAACUCCCUCCUCUUUCUCGCAACACACUCUCAAACCCUAAAUUCUUUCAUCCCAUUCGUUCCACCGUCACUAUCCGCCAGUUCCCGCGUCUCUCCGUCAGCAGCGCGGAGCAGCCGGCUGUUCUGCAGGAGGAGGAGGAGGAGCUGCCGGAGUACGAGGUUUUCGAUUUCGACGCGGCGGCAGCGGAGGUUGAGGUGAAGCGUCUGCCGCCGCGGCCGGAGGUGGAGGUGAAGGAGCUGAGUGAGUUGCCGGAGCUGUGGCGGAGGUCGAGGGUGGCGUGGCUAUGCAAGGAGCUGCCGGUGCACAAGGCGGGGACUCUGAUCAGGAUACUGAACGCGCAGAAGAAGUGGAUGAGGCAAGGAGACACCACCUAUGUCGUGAUGCAUUGCUUGCGGAUUCGGGAGAAUGAGACUGCGUUUAGGGUAUACAAGUGGAUGAUGCAACGAAGUUGGUAUCAAUUUGAUUUUGCUCUUGCCACUACGCUCGCAGAUUACAUGGGUAAAGAGCGAAAGUUUUCUAAGUGCCGUGAGGUAUUUGAUGAUAUUAUCAAUCAAGGCCGUGUUCCUAGCGAGUCAACUUUCCAUAUAUUGAUUGUAGCUUACCUUAGUGCUCCUGUUCAAGGUUGUUUGGAUGAAGCAUGCAGCAUUUACAACCGUAUGAUUCAGUUGGGUGGUUACCAGCCCCGUCUUAGCUUGCAUAAUUCCCUCUUCAAAGCUCUUGUAAGCAAACCAGGGGUCUCUUCAAAGGAUUACCUUAAGCAAGCUGAGUUUAUAUAUCAUCAAUUGGUUACUUCUGGACUUGAUGUGCAUAAGGAUAUUUACGGGGGUCUAAUUUGGCUGCAUAGCUAUCAGGACUCCAUAGAUAAAGAACGGAUAGCAGCAUUGCGGCAAGAGAUGUUACGUGCUGGAAUUAAGGAGGGCAAAGAGGUGCUGGUAUCGAUCUUGAGGGCUUGUGCAAGGGAGUGUGAGGUGGAGGAAGCAGAGAAAACUUGGUCCAAACUUCUUCCUUUUGAAAGUAAUCCCCCAUCGCAAGCUUUUGUGUAUAAAAUGGAAGUCUACUCAAAAGUUGGCAUGCCUAUGAAGUCCUUGGAGAUAUUUAGGGAAAUGCAAUUGAAACUAGGUAAAAUAAGUGUUGCAGCCUAUAGUAAAAUAAUAGAGAUACUAUGCAAAGCACAAGAAUCAGAGUUUGCAGAAUCAAUCAUGACAGAUUUUGUCAAGAGUGGCCUGAAACCCCUUACACCAUCAUACAUUGAUUUACUAAACAUGUACUCCAAUUUGGAAUUACAUGAUAAAUUGGAAGAGACAUUCUCCCAGUGCCUGGAGAAAUGUCGUCCUAAUUGUACUCUCUACAAUAUAUAUUUGGAUUCUUUGGUAAAAGUUGGUAAUCUUGACAAAGCAGAGGAUAUCUUUUACCAAAUGAAUCGGGAUGUGACUAUUGGUGUCAAUGCUCGAUCGUGUAACGCAAUCUUAAGAGGAUACUUGUCCUCGGACAAUCACUUAAAGGCGGAGAAGAUCUAUGACUUUAUGUGCCUAAAGAAGUAUGAAAUUGAAACCUCAUUGAUGGAGAAGCUUGACUAUAUCUUGAGCUUGAGAAGAAAAUUUAUUAAAAAGCCUGUGAGCCUCAAGCUAAGCAAAGAACAGAGGGAAAUCUUAAUUGGAUUGCUUUUAGGUGGCCUGCAGAUUGAUUCUGAUGACCAAAGGAAGAAUCACGUUAUCUGUUUUAAUUUUGAUAGCGAUUCCAUCAGUCAUCAUGUCCUGAAGAGUCAUUUACAUCGCCAGUUUUAUGAGUGGCUGCAUCCUACUUGUAAGCCAAGUGAUGACAGUGAGGACAUACCAGCUAAGUUUUGCACCAUUGCAAGCUCUCAUUUUGGCUUUUAUGCAGAACAGUUUUGGUCAGAAGGUCAACCUACAAUUCCAAAACUAGUCCAUAGGUGGCUGUCACCGUGUGUUCUUGCAUACUGGUACAUGUAUGGGGGUCGACGAAGUUCGUCCGGUGAUAUUUUACUAAAGAUAAAGGGAAGUCGUGAGGGUGUUCUGAGCAUUGUCAAAAAGUUCAAAGCAAUGUCCAUGGAUUGUAAAGUAAAGAGGAAAGGAAAGGUAUUUUGGAUUGGUAUUCUCGGAAGCAAUUCAACUUGGUUCUGGAAAUUGGUUGAGCCAUAUGUUUUAGAAGACGUAAAAUACUUUCCAGAGACACGUGAUAAGAUGCUGGAGCAGGAUUCAGUGGAAAGUCAAGACAACAUUAACUUCAAUAGCGAUUCAUACGAAUGAAGAAGGUGGUACUGCAUUAUGCUUUAUUAGGCGUUUGCAUGCCCAAUGAUCAAGAUUUCCAAAUUUCAUAAAUGAUGAUGGUUUGGAGAAGUGGCUUUUGUGGCCAGAACAUGUUUGAAUUUUGUACUUCUCGUGAUUCUUAUCGCUGAAGUAACUGCGAUGGCUGCAAAAUGAAAGGACUUGAAUAUUGUGGUAACCUUCCUCUGAAAUGUCCUAGUUGUAUAUUGCUAAUUUCUAAUGCACAGAGAACUAGAGAGUAAAGAUUUUGCUGUAUUUUGUAGUUAAUCUGUAACUGUUAUUCGGCAUAAUAUGUAUUUUAUUUUCAA